AUGCCUCGCUCCGCGUCCGCAGAGGACUCGCCGAUGGCUUCUGCCGACAACACCUCACGAUCUUUGUGGGUUAGGACUUACGAUCGGUUCAAGGGGGUUUUCCGCGAUGCAGACCCCCGGGUUUGCGUCGCUUUCUGGCUGUUUGGCCUCAUUAACAAUGUCCUCUACGUGAUCCUCCUCUCUGCGGCGCUAGAUCUCGUCGGCCCCGAUAUACCAAAAGGCAUCGUUCUUCUUGCGGAUAUCAUCCCGUCGUUCGGCACAAAGCUGAUCGCCCCAUACUUUAUCCACGUCGUACCGUACUCCACGCGUGUCAUCAUCUUCGUAUUCCUAUCGGUCAUGGGUAUGUUUGUCGUCGCCAUGAGCCCGCCCUAUACAGAUGGUGGAACUAUCGCAUCCAAGAUUGCUGGCAUUGUUCUGGCGAGCUUGUCUGCUGGAGGCGGCGAGUUAAGCUUUGUUGGCCUCACCCAUUUCUAUGGCCCAUUCAGCCUGGCGGCGUGGGGAAGUGGGACGGGCGCAGCUGGUCUCAUUGGAGCUGGUGCCUAUGCUCUUGCGACAUCCGUGAUGAAUAUCUCAGUCAAAGCCACUCUCCUGGCAUCUGCAGUGUUACCUGCUGUUAUGGCCAUUAGCUUCUUUGCUGUCCUGCCUAGAGCUGCUCUGCACCCUCAGGCUUCUGCUAUAGAUGGGUAUCAUGCCGUUGAAAGGGGAGAACACUUGAUUGAGAAUGAGACAGAUGAGGAUGGCCAUGAAAUAGAACGUGGGGAGAAUGAAGGGCUUCUGGGAGUGUCUGUGCGUUCCACAGAGACUCACAAACUAGUCGAUGUCAAUGUAGCAUCGGCACGCUGGGAUCAUUUUUGUGAAAACCUACGUCGCUUGAGACGGCUAUUUUUUCCAUUCAUGGUCCCACUGCUCUUAGUGUUCAUCGCCGAAUACGUGAUCAACCAGGGUGUCUCGCCGACUUUACUGUUUCCAUUAUAUGCAACGCCUUUUAAGGACUUCCGCUCCUUCUACCCAGCAUACAACGCUAUCUACCAGGCUGGUGUUUUCGUUUCCCGUUCCUCAACCCCGUUCUUCCGAGUGCACUAUCUCUAUCUUCCAUCCCUGCUGCAGAUACUGAACUUAAUUCUAUUGACACUUCACUCGAUGUUCAACUUCAUUCCCAGUGUCUAUAUCGUUUUCUUGGUUAUUUUCUGGGAAGGCUUACUCGGCGGCCUCGUCUAUGUCAACACAUUUGCUGAAAUCAGUGACCGCGUGCCCAAGGAGGACCGGGAAUUCUCUCUCGGAGCCACAACUGUCAGCGACUCAGCGGGUAUCUGCAUUGCUGGCUUCCUAAGUAUGCCCUGGGAGGUCCUGUUGUGCCGAUGGCAGCUUGCUCAUGGCCGGGAGUACUGCAGGCAGGUCUGA